AUGUGCGGCAAGAAAGUACAUAUCAAGAUUUUUUUGUUGAAUUAUUUCUUUAAAAUAGUACCAGAGGCCGUUGAACUUUCCCCUGGUGAGUCUAACACGACAGCCAUCUCAGCUACAUGGACAGUCCCUGACAGUGUGGUGGAUACCUUCAAUAUCACAUGCUCCAAUGGUACUGCCUCGCCAGCAUCUAUUCCUGUGGACAGAAGUCAAGGCGGGCAGCAGCUGACGGCUUACUGCGUAGGGUUACCCAGAUCUGGAGAACAGUACGACCUCUCGGUGGUUGCUAUUAGCAACGACAAGCUGAGCGCCAUCAGCACCGUUGAAGUCUUUGCCCUGCCCCUUGGAGUGGACCUCAAGGAAGGACCCUCGACCCUGACGUCAGUUAGCGUAUCCUGGAUGAGGCAGAACGACACGGUAGAGAGUUACAGCAUCAUGUGUAGCCAUGGAUACGCAUCCCCAUCCACCAUUGGAGACACCGAUCGAGAAUCAUUCUCAGCAGCUUGUGUGAACCUGAUAGGACCAGGGGCGACCUAUAGCAUGACUGUUUACAGUGAAGUGGGCACAAACUCAUCCUCUAACAGCACCAGAGCUUCGAGUCUUAUCAACCUGGUUGCAGUGCCUGAAUCGGUUGAAAGCAUUGCUGUCACGGAACCCACCACAACUACUGUCGAUGUACAGUGGAAUCUCGUGCAGUGCUCAGACUGCGUCUACAACUAUUUCCUGUUGACCUUUAAACCCGACAGUCAGGAACCAAUCAGAGUAGAUUACACGCCUGGUGUUAAUGAGUAUUCUUCUCAAGUGUCAAAUUUAACACAGGGGAGGAGCUAUAACUUCACUGUGGUGUCGGUGAGUGGGGUUGGUGUUCAAGACGCGACACUAAAGACCAGCGAGGAGAAGAGUGUGGAUCAGAGAACAGUUCCUGCAACUCCAUUUGGGUUGAGCAUCUUGUCUAGCCAGCGGGAACUAAACCUGGUAUGGGGGUAUCAAGGAGAUGCAGAUAACUUUGCCAUCACAGUCACACCUGAUCAUGGCAUAGCUGUAUUCAAUGGAGACUUCACUGACCCGGCUGCAGAGAUCACGGGUCUAACCCCAGGGAUAAUAUAUUUCGUUGCCGUAGUAACUGAAAGUGGCGAUGAGAGGAGUGAACCCAUAACUCAAACUGCCAGGACUGUUCCUGAUAAACCAAGUCCUGUACGCAACCCUCGAGCAGAAGCAGUAGAUAAGAAUACAAUCACCUUGACUUAUGAGAGUCCAGUAGAGCCUAAUGGUGAUAUCACGUCUUAUAUGAUAAGCUACGUUGGUACUAGAGAUGACAACCCUAGUCAUGAAUUCAGCGAUGUUUAUAGUCCCCCGGUCCUGGCAGUUACAUACAAUGAUCUGUACCCUGGGUUCUCUUAUACAUUUAUGAUAAUAGCAGUGAAUGAUGGAGAGUAUGAAAGUGACCCAGUUUCAACUGAACCAGUGGAAACGCCGCAAGAAGAGCCACCCCCAGUUCCGGAAGACUAUCCCUAUGAAGCCAAUACAGAUUUCUCUGAUACCUCGACCACUUCAUUCGCUGUGGUGCUUCCAGACGAUUUAUUCAGCCAUGACAACGGUGAACUUUUGACCUUCGCUGUCAUCAUCACAAAGGAAGGUAAUGAUCCAACUGUUGGCAGCACAGAACAGAAUUACGAAGAGGCCAGAGCUCAGAAUGCUUACAUCACAGCCAUUGAUGUCCCAUAUCCAUUUCCACCGACGUUCGGCUCUAAUCGUAAAAGACGAGCAACGGAUCCUUCGGCUACGGUAGUCAUAGGUGAUGGGACCUGUGCAGGUAGUCCAAAGGAAUAUUGCAAUGGACGUUUGGAUGACAACACACAAUACUACUAUGCAUUUAGAGCGUUCAAUGAUAUGGGUGGUGUGACAUCCGGUACAUUUGGACCUGUGAAAACAGAAUGUACAGGAAGUUCGUCUCCCAACAUUGUGUCCUACGGAGCGCAAAUUGGCCUGAUUGUAGUUGUUGUAGCCCUGUUGCUGUAUGCAGUUGCCAUUACUUUCUUGCAUAUCAGACGCAAAGUACCAAUCAGGACUGAAGAGAACGGACCAGAUCCUUACAUGGAUCUAACAUCCAGACCCGAGGCAGACACGACAUACCAGGAGAUGGAUAUCACCUCCACGGCUUCGUCUAAAAGACCAGGAGAAAGACGUGCACCGUCAUCACACCUGAUUUAUGAGAACCAGAAUGUUGCGCAGUUUGCAAACAAAAUAAAAGGGGAUGCCGAUUAUGAGACUGUACUUACCCCAAAUUAAGACGAUUGGAAGCUUCAGAAAAUCACAAUUUGCUUGUCAGCGAUUUUACUUCUCUUCAUUUUCAAUCACAGAGAACAGCAUCAAUGGAUUAAUUCGGUUAUUCUGUUUCGAAAUCAAUACAAAAACUCACAUAAUGUCUUAAUUAAAUGGUACUUAACAUAGGCAAAAGUAACUGAAAAAGAGCAUUACAUUUACAUGUAGAAUUCAGAAAAGUUAUGAAGAAUAUAGCUUAAUGUAUUAAAAAGAUACACUGGUGUAAUAGUACUGUUUAAUUUACUGCUUUAAAAGGAAUAUUGUUAUCAAGUGAAUUUGGGAAAGAAUCUUGAUUACCACUGGCAUGCCGCAGGACCUUUUACUAUAUAAAUAAGCAGAUUUCAUUGUAUGAAAUAUAGUACAUUAUAUUGCUAUACAUUUUCCGACAUGAAGUAGCAUUGUGUGUGUG